AUGGGCCAGCUUGGUUCCGGUCUCAAGAGCCAGCAGUGGGACAUGAGCACCCUUCCCAAGUUCGAGAAGUCCUUCUACAAGGAGGCACCCUCCGUUGCCGAGCGCUCUCAGGCCGAAGUCGACGAGUUCCGCAAGACUCACCAGAUCGCCGUCUCGGGCAAGAACGUCCCCAAGCCCGUCCAGACCUUCGAUGAGGCUGGUUUCCCUGGAUACGUUAUCAACGAGGUCAAGGCCCAAGGCUUUGCCAACCCCACUCCUAUCCAGUCCCAGGGCUGGCCCAUGGCUCUCUCUGGUCGCGACGUCGUCGGUAUUGCCGAGACCGGUUCCGGAAAGACCCUGACCUACUGUCUUCCCUCGAUUGUCCAUAUCAACGCUCAGCCUCUCCUCUCCCCUGGUGACGGCCCCAUUGUCCUCAUCCUCGCCCCUACUCGUGAACUCGCUGUUCAGAUUCAGGCCGAAGUUAACAAGUUCGGCAAAUCGUCGCGCAUCCGCAACACCUGUGUCUACGGUGGUGUUCCCAAGGGUCAACAAAUCAGAGAUCUCGCUCGCGGUGUCGAAGUUUGCAUCGCCACUCCCGGUCGUCUGAUUGACAUGCUCGAGUCCGGCAAGACCAACCUUCGCCGCGUCACCUACCUCGUUCUCGACGAGGCUGAUCGUAUGCUCGACAUGGGUUUCGAGCCUCAAAUUCGCAAGAUCAUCGGCCAGAUUCGCCCUGACCGUCAGACUUGCAUGUGGUCCGCUACCUGGCCCAAGGAGGUUCGCGCCCUCGCUCAGGACUUCCAGCACGACUGGAUCCAGGUCAACGUUGGAUCCAUGGACCUUUCCGCCAACCACCGCAUCACCCAGGUUGUUGAGGUCGUUUCCGAAUUCGAGAAGCGCGACAAGAUGAUCAAGCACCUCGAGAAGAUCAUGGAGGACAAGGACAACAAGUGCCUCAUCUUCACUGGCACCAAGCGUGUCGCCGACGAGAUCACCCGCUUCCUCAGACAAGACGGCUGGCCAGCCCUCUCCAUCCACGGUGACAAGCAGCAGCAGGAACGUGACUGGGUUCUCAACGAAUUCAAGCAGGGCAAGAGCCCCAUCAUGGUUGCCACUGAUGUGGCUUCUCGUGGUAUCGAUGUUCGCAACAUUACCCACGUUCUCAACUACGACUACCCCAACAACUCUGAGGAUUACAUUCACAGAAUCGGCCGUACCGGUCGUGCAGGUGCUAUGGGUACCGCCAUCACCUUCUUCACCACUGAGAACUCCAAGCAGGCUCGCGACCUUGUUAACGUCUUGGCCGAGGCUAAGCAGAACAUCGACCCCCGUCUCGCUGAGAUGGUCCGCUACGGUGGUGGCGGUGGUGGCCACGGUCGCUGGGGCGGUGGUCGUGGACGUGGUGGCGGUGGCCGCGGUCGUGGCGGCUUCACCAGCUCCAACAGCGCUCCCCUCGGUCGUGACUCUCGCUGGUAG